UCGGGCGGCUAGCUCCGGCUAAUGCAGCUAUUGGCGGUGUCUGUCGCUGACGGACGGGUUUAAGGAGCUGAAGCGCGGUUCCUUCGUCUGUUGGGUCGUCUGUUGUUUCUUUUACAGCGGGAGCAGGACACGCAUGGAGGGAGACGUGAGGUGUGGUGAUGGUAGGACGAGCUGGCUCGCUUGAACUGGGCAGGGGCAACAUUAGCGCCAGUUUGGAGUGGUUGGCACGUCUCUAGCUACAGGCUAGUGGGUGCUGUGAUGUCCGCGACCCUCAACCGACUCAAACACCCACACUGCAGGAAGAAGCACUAUCCCAGUAGCACCUAUCUCACCCACGUGUGACCACCAGCACAAGGUACUCCGACCCUCGGUUAAGGACUUGACAGAAGAGAUUGAAAGACACAGAGAGAUGUCCGACACGGCCGGAGGUGGGGACAGCGGUGUGGUAGGCACAGGGCAGGAUGCAGAGGCGGACAAUGAGCCCCCCCAACAGGCCCCACCUCUACUUGAAGGUGAUGAUUUGGAGGUCGGGGAGACCUCAGAGGAAGGACCCACUCAAGAUGCCAAGCGGCUCAGGAUGAGCCAGUCUCCAGAACAGGUUGCAGAGCCCGUCGAGAUCCAUGGAGAAACAUCAGCACAGGCUGGCUUGCUGCUGGAACACCCAGCCCCACCAGCACAAGGUGCUUGUUAUAGUGAAACUGCAGACACAGGAGAACUACCACAAUGUGAGGAAAAAGGUCAAGGAGUGAUAGAGGUGCCUGUCAGUCUGGGAGGUGAAGAAGAAGAUAGCCACCAGAAUGGAGAUGGAGGGCAUGAUGCUGCCUUAGAAGAAGAGACAAAAGCAGGGGAGGAGUGCGACGCUCAUGGAUCUGCAGACAGCCCCAGUGAAGUACAGCAACUUGGCUUAGAAUUUACCCAGAGCCCCCAGAUGCUGACUGGUUCCUGGACUGAGUACUCGAGCAUCCCAGAGAAUUACCUCAAAGGCUGUAAAUGGGCCCCUGAUGGUUCCUGUAUCAUGACCAACAGUGCAGACAAUGUGCUCCGUGUGUACAACGUCCCUCCAGAGAUCUACAGCUACAAUUGGGACUUGCUUCCAGAGAUGAGUCCGGUGCUGAGGAUGGCAGAGGGAGACACCAUCUACGACUACUGCUGGUACCCCAAGAUGAGCUCGCUGGAUGCAGACACGUGCUUCCUAGCAAGCAGCAGCCGUGACAACCCAGUCCACAUAUGGGAUGCUUUUCACGGGGAUGUGCGAGCCAGUUUCCGACCCUACAAUCACCUGGAUGAGCUGACGGCGGCUCACUCCCUCUGCUUCACGCCGGACGGCACGCAGCUCUACUGCGGCUUCGACAAAACCGUCCGGGUCUUCUACACCGAUCGUCCAGGCAGAGACUGUGAGGAGCGGCCCACCAAUGUGAAGAAGCAGGGCCAAUGUGGCAUCAUCUCCUGCUUUGGCUUCAGCCCCUGCCAGUCUGUUUACGCCUGUGGCUCUUACUCCCGCUGCGCCGGCCUCUACUCCUGCCAGGACGGCACCCUGCUGGCUCUGCUGCCGACCCGCCACCACGGAGGCAUCACCCAUCUGCUCUUCUCCCCUGACGGCAACUACCUGUACACCGGCGGGCGCAAGGAUCCAGAAAUCCUGUGCUGGGAUAUAAGAGAGCCUGGAAACGUUGUGUUUUCACUGAAGAGGAACGUCGCCACUAACCAGCGCAUCUACUUUGACCUGGACCAGUCAGGCAGGUACCUGCUGAGUGGUGACACAGAGGGAGUCGUGUCAGUGUGGGACACCCAAACAGCUCCUCCUGAUGGUAAUGAGGAGCUACUGCAAUCCCAGCUGAGGUUCCAGGCCCACUGGGAUUGCACCAAUGGCGUCAGUAUUCAUCCGUUCAUGCCGUUGUUGGCGACCUCCAGUGGCCAGCGGCAGUUCCCGUCGCCCAGCGACAGCGAUGGUGAAUCUGGCGGCGAGGGAGCUGAAGCUGUGAUGACCCCCCCGCAGGAGAUCCGACAAGACAACACCCUGUCUCUGUGGUGGGCCGGCCCACUCGGCCCCGCCGCAGAGGGGGACCAGGAGCCGAACACGGCAGCAGAGACCUGAGGAUCUCUUGAGUUCAGCCAAAAGACACAAACUGAGUUACACCUGCUAAUGUGAAGUUUAUUUUGGGGAUUUUUGAUCUGGACAAAAGGAAUUAUGGGUCAGUUAAAUCCUUUUCUCUAUAAGCAACAUGGAGGCCUGACGUGGGCCACAUUGACUGGGUCUCCCCCCUCGCAGUUCAAAUACAGCAUUGAAAUUAAAUCUUGCAAGUUCACAAGCAGUAACAUCGUAGAAUUUAAAUUAAAUGAUUAUGAGACAUAACAGAUUUUCAGAUCUCUGUGUUUUGAGAUUUUCUUUGCUCCAAUUCCAGUUUGGUAAAUAUGAAUUGGAGCUAUGUGCAUCGACGAUGGUCAAUGACAAGAAGUGGGUUGCAUAAGAAGUGGACUGCAGAUUGAUAUUUCUCUAAUUAGUUAUUGAAUUUGUGAGAAUUUUUAAGAGGAUGGUUACCUGUGUUUUUUUAUACUUUUUGAAUUGUUCAGACAGAGUCGAGUCUGUCGACAUACUGGUCACACCUCUGAUUUUCAUUAGUAUUUGUGUGUUUGUGGCUCUAACGCUGCCACGAAGAUUCUUAAAUGCUUUAUACUCACAGUAAGUGCCAUUUGUCCUUGAGCUUUGCUUUUGUAAACCGAUGGGUUGCCCCUCUUUUCUUUUUUUUUAACUCUUCACUCGUCACAAAAUGUAUAUUUUUGUAAAGCCUUGAUGUUGAUUAUGAUUUCCGAUGUCAAACUCCGUAAGCAGCUGGCGUGAUCACGAGACCUCAUCACAAUCGGUGAAGAUGCCGUCACGUGGAAAAUGAGCGUCGUUACUUCUACUUCUUUUUCUCCACAGGAUGUUCUUCUCAGAUUGUAUUUGUACCUGUGUGUGAGUGGGGAUGCGGCAGCUCAGAACAAAUUGUAUUAAUGUACGACAAUGAUUUGCUGCACGCUUAUGUUGCCAUCAGUGGGGGUGUGACUUGCUGUGGGGUUUCUCUGCAGGCUGGUCAGAGGCUCGGCACGCUCCAACCAAAGCCUGAUAUUUUUUAAAUAAAUCGAUUAACUCUGA